UCCCUUUGCUGCAAAGUUUCAAAAACUCCGUUUUUCCAGUUGUUUAUUAUUUUUAUAUAUCAACCCACAUCUCCACAUCUCUGCUUGGCAAAGCCAUGUCCCUAAGGAAAAACAUUGCUUUGGCUGUUGCAUUUUUGGUGCUUGGAAUCCAAGCAUGCUUGUCGGAAAUCAACAGAACCAGCUUUCCUCAAGGUUUUGUGUUCGGAACCGCCUCCUCCGCUUUCCAGACAUGGAUUCAUGAUUGGGAAUGGGGAGAGGAGAUGGAAGGGCUUUCUGUUAAGGGGUUUUUUGGUCAUUGUAAGAUAAUAGAUGGUAGUAACGCUGAUGUUGCUGAGGAUCAAUACCACCGUUAUCCUGAAGAUAUACAGCUUAUGAAGGACAUGGGAAUGGAUGCCUAUAGGUUUUCCAUUGCUUGGUCUCGGAUAUUCCCUAAUGGAACCGGGCUGAUUAAUCAAGCAGGAGUUGAUCACUACAAUAAUCUCAUCAAUGGUCUACUUGCUAAUGGAAUAGAACCAUAUGUGACCCUUUACCAUUGGGAUCUUCCUCAAGCCUUGGAAGACAAAUACACUGGAUGGCUUGAUCCGCAGAUUGUAAACGACUUUGCUGUAUAUGCUGAGACAUGCUUUCAGAUGUUUGGUGAUAGGGUGAAGCACUGGAUCACAUUCAAUGAGCCUCAUACAAUUGCCAUACAAGGCUAUGAUGUAGGUCUUCAGGCACCUGGACGCUGCACCAUCCUGCUUCAUCUCUUCUGCAAGGCUGGAAACUCUACCACUGAGCCUUACAUAGUAGCACACAACAUUCUUCGCUCCCAUGCAACUGUGGUAGAUAUUUACAAGAACAAAUACAAGGCAAAACAACAAGGAUCAAUUGGGAUAUCACUUGAUGUUAUUUGGUAUGAACCAGAAAAUAACUCUACAGUAGAUAUUGAAGCAGCUCAACGAGCUCAAGAUUUUCAGCUUGGCUGGUUUAUCGAGCCUCUAAUCUUUGGAGAUUAUCCAAGCACAAUGAGAAGCAGAGUUGGAAGUCGACUGCCAAAAUUUACUAAAUCUGAGGCUACUCUUGUCAAAGGCUCAUUCGAUUUUAUUGGGAUUAAUCAUUACACUACAUUCUAUGCAAGAAACAAUGCAACUAAUAUAAUUGGUGUUCUACUUAAUGAUUCCCUUUCAGACUCUGGCACCACUACUCUACCUUUCAAAAAUGGACUCCAGCCUAUAGGAGACAGGGCUAAUUCCAUAUGGUUGUACAUAGUACCCCAAGGUAUGAGAAGUUUAAUGAACUACAUCAGGCAAAAGUAUGGCAACCCUACAAUCAUUAUCACUGAAAAUGGGAUGGAUGACCCAAAUAACCCAUUAAUAUCGAUUGCAGAUGCUCUGAAAGAUGAGAAGAGAAUCAAAUUCCAUCAUGAUUACCUAUCCAACCUUCUUGUUGCCAUCAAAGAAGAUGGUUGCAAUGUUAAAGGGUAUUUUGUGUGGUCUCUAUUGGAUAACUGGGAGUGGAGUGCUGGCUACACUUCAAGAUUUGGUCUCUACUUUGUUGACUAUAAGAACAAGCUCAAGAGAUACCCCAAGGAUUCUGUGAAAUGGUUCAAGAACUUCCUUAGUGCUUCCGCUAAUUGAAUCGGAUAGAAUAAUCAAAUUUGCAUUUCCAAAGCACACAUAAAACAUUUUCAUUUGUGUUCAAAUAAGACAAGUUGUUAAGUGAAAAUUAAAAUUAACAUUCUUGG